AUGAAAAAAAUACAGGCACAUAUUUUACCACCAGGACCUGACAGCUUCAGGUAUUUUACAAGGGAAUCUUUGGAAGCUAUUGAGAAUCACAUUUCAGAGCAAAAAACAAAAAAAUCCAAACAAGAACACAAAGAAGAUAAUGAAAAGUGUCCAAAACCAAACACUGACUUGGAAGACGGAAAAAAAAUGCCAUUUAUAUAUGGGGACAUUCCUCGCGGGAUGGUAUCAGAACCCUUGGAUGAUCUUGAUCCAUUUUAUGCAGAUCAGAAAACCUUUAUAGUAUUGAAUAGAGGGAAGGCAAUCUUCCGUUUCAGUGCCACAUCUGCCUUGUACAUUUUAACCCCUUUCAAUCCUGUGCGGUGAGUUGCUAUAAAGAUUUUGAUCCACUCAUUAUUCAGCAUUUUUAUUAUGUGUACUAUUUUGACCAACUGCGUUAUUAUGACUUGGCUUUCCCCUACAGACUGGACCAAGAAUGUGGAAUACACAUUCACUGGGAUCUUUACGUUAGAGUCGUUGAUUAAAAUUCUUGCACGUGGAUUCUGUUUGGGGAAGUUUACAUUCCUGCGUGACCCAUGGAACUGGCUGGAUUUCACUGUCAUUGUCAUGGCGUAUGUAACAGAAUUUAAUGAAAACUUAGGCAACGUUUCAGCUCUUCGAACUUUCAGAGUAUUGAGAGCUUUGAAAACUAUUUCUGUAAUUCCAGGUCUGAAGACCAUUGUGGGGGCUCUUGUCCAGUCGGUAAAGAAACUUUUCAAUGUGAAGGUUCUCACCGUAUUCUGCCUGAGUGUAUUUGCACUAGUAGGUCUGCAACUUUUUAUGGGACAUUUGAGAAGUAAAUGUGUGCUGUGGCCAAAAGGAGCACCUUUUAACAUCAUUGUGUUUGAAAAGACCUACAAUGAAAGUAAGAGCUCGAUUUACAAAUUGAAAGGUCAGAAGGAUCCUUUUCUUUGCGGUGGUAACACAGAUGCAGGUCAUUGCCCAGAAGGUUACAUAUGUGAAAAAUAUGGAAGAAAUCCAAACUAUGGCUACACAAGUUUUGACAACUUUGGUUGGGCAUUCUUGUCUCUGUUUCGGUUAAUGACUCAAGACUCCUGGGAAACUCUUUACCAACAGGUCCCAAGGGUUUCUGGUAAAACCUACAUGAUCUUUUUUGUUCUGGGGAUUUUUUUGGUCUCCUUUUAUUUGGUAAACCUAAUCCUGGCUGUUGUCGCCAUGGCAUAUGAAGAGCAAAACCAAGCAAUGUUAAAAGAAGCUGAGCAUAAGGAAGCUGAAUUCCAGCAGAUGAUGGAUCAACUAAAAAAACAAGAAGAAGAAGCUCAGGUAAUUUAUGGCCCCCGAGAGAUCCGAAUAGAACAUGAUGGUCAUUUCUUCAAAAAGGUAACUACAACCGAGACAGAUGUUAAGAAGAGAAGAACAAGCCUGAGAAUUUCUCAAGUAUUAACUACUGGGACUUUAAGUCUAAAACUAACAGCUACCAACCAAGAUGAUAACAGUAAUAUUGUUACUCCAGAUGUUUUAAAGCAAUACCUAGAAGGAACUGUCAAAGAUGUCAAGGAAGAAGUAAAUGUGAAGUUUCUGGACCUGAAAUAUGACCUUACAACUAUAAUGCAAAGAAUACAAAGUAAGAGCCAGCAUGAAGCUUACUCUGCGUGUCUUGUGUUUACAGGUUGUGUAAGACGGUUUAAAUGUUGCCAGGUCAAUAUUGAAGAUGGAAAAGGAAAAGAAUGGUGGAAUCUCAGGAAACCCUGUUUCUCAAUAGUUGAACACAGUUGGUUUGAGUCAUUUAUCAUUUUCACGAUUCUUCUUAGCAGUGGUGCACUGGCUUUUGAUGACAUUCAUAUUGGGAAACAUACAACUCUCAAAACUGUUUUGGACUAUGCAGACAAAGUCUUUACUUACGUCUUUAUUGUAGAAAUGGUUCUUAAAUGGGCGGCCUAUGGAUUUGCUACAUAUUUCACUAACGCCUGGUGUUGGCUUGAUUUUUGAUUAUUGGCUAUUUCUUUGAUUAGUCUUGUGGCUACUGCCUUGGGCUUUUCUGAAUUAGCAGCGAUAAAGUCACUCCGGACACUAAGAGCACUAAGGCCUCUAAGGGCCUUGUCAAGAUUUGAAGGAAUGAGGGUGGUUGUGAAUGCCUUAAUUGGAGCAAUUCCAUCUAUCAUGAAUGUGCUGCUCGUUUGCCUAAUAUUCUGGCUAAUUUUCAGCAUAAUGGGAGUAAACCUGCUUGCUGGAAAAUUCUAUCAUUGUGUUAAUUCCACAACUGGUGAUAUCCUGCCUCUUAGUGUAGUAAAAAACAAAAGUGAGUGCAACUCAUCCGAAGGCUAUCGGUAGAAGAAUGUCAAAGUCAAUUUUGAUAAUGUUGCAACUGGGUACCUUGCAUUGCUUCAAGUGGCCACAUUCAAAGGAUGGAUGCCUAUUAUGUACGCAGCUGUAGACUCAAAUAAAGUAGAUGAACAGCCUUCAUAUGAAGUGAACAUCUAUAUGUAUUUAUAUUUUGUCGUUUUUGUUAUAUUUGGAUCAUUCUUCACUUUAAACCUCUUCAUUGGUGUCAUCAUCGAUAACUUCAACCAACAAAAAAAAAAGUUAGGAGGACAAGAUAUAUUUAUGACAGAGGAGCAAAAAAAAUAUUACAAUGCAAUGAAAAAAUUGGCAUCAAAAAAGCCACAAAAACCUAUUCCAAGGCCUACGAAUGCUUUUCAAGGCCUAGUGUUUGAUAUUGUAACCAAACAAGCUUUUGACAUCACCAUCAUGGUCCUAAUCUGCCUUAACAUGGUGGCCAUGAUGAUUGAAACAGAUGACCAAAGCGAGAAAGUGGAAAAAAACCUCUAUUGGGUCAAUGUGGUAUUCAUUAUACUUUUCACUGGUGAAUUUCUUCUAAAACUGAUUUCACUCCGUCAGUACUACUUCAGCAGUGGCUGGAAUAUAUUUGAUCUAGUUGUGGUCAUAUUUUCUAUAAUAGGUAUGUUUCUGGCAGAAAUAAUUGAAAAGUAUUUUGUUUCACCGACAUUAUUCAGAGUUAUAAGACUUGCUAGGAUUGGUCGUAUCCUGCGUCUGAUUAAAGGAGCAAAGGGGAUUCGUACAUUGCUAUUUGCCUUGAUGAUGUCACUCCCAGCUUUUUUCAACAUUGGCCUCCUGCUCUUUUUGGUGAUGUUCAUUUAUGCCAUAUUUGGAAUGUCUAACUUCUCAUAUGUUAAGAAGGAAGCUGGAAUUGAUGAUAUGUUCAACUUUGAGACGUUUGGAAAUAGUAUGAUCUGUUUGUUCCAGAUUACAACAUCUGCUGGGUGGGAUGGUUUAUUAGAACCAAUUCUAAAUAGUGGGGAACCAGACUGUAACCCAAACAUAGAUAACCCAGGAAGCUCUGUAAAAGGGAAUUGUGGUAAUCCGCCACUUGGGAUUUUCUUUCUUGUUAGUUAUAUCAUCAUUUCAUUCCUUAUUGUUGUAAACAUGUAUAUUGCUGUUAUUUUAGAAAAUUUUAAUGUUGCUACAGAGGAGAGUGAAGAGCUACUGGGAGAGGAUGACUUUGAUGUGUUCUAUGAGGUUUGGGAAAGGUUUGACCCAGAUGCAACCCAGUUUAUUGAGUACAGUAAGCUUUCAGAUUUUGCAGACUCAUUAGAUCCACCUCUACGUGUACCAAAACCAAAUAAAAUACAGCUUAUUGCAAUGGAUCUGACUAUGGUAAGUGGAGAAAGAAUUCACUGCCUUGACAUCCUAUUUGCAUUUACAAAGCGUGUGUUGGGUGAAGGAGGAGACAUGGAUUCACUUCGUCAACCAAUGGAGGAACGUUUUAUGGCUGCUAACCCUUCCGAAGUCCCCUAUAAACCAAUCACAACUACCAUAAGGCGAAAGCAAGAAGAGCUUUCUGCUAUAGCUAUUCAACGUUGCUUUCGACGUCACUUCAAAAAAAUAUGA